GCUGCGUUCCGAUAUUUACUGCCAGUACUGAAAUUCUAUAGUGUAUGUGACGUGAACUAUAGAUUUUCAGUACUGGCAGUGCAUAUCGGAACGCAGCCUAUAUUAAAGAUACUAAAUUUCUAUAGUUACACAUGUGGCAUGUUAUAUAUAUAAUCAGCAUAUUUACAACCAAUUGCAAUCAAUGCAAGCCGGUAACGCUUAAUUGCUGUUAAUUGCGUUUAAUCAAAAGAAAAGCCGAGUCAUUAGAAGGUGAGAGCAUAAUUGGGAAAUCGAAUUUUGUCAAUAUUAUUAUACAAUGGCUCAAUAUCCGUCCAUUAAUGUACGUAUGGCGGUAAACAGGAUUGACUUCAAUCUAAUAACAAACGAUGGCAUUCAGCCGCGACUCUAUACCCCUGGCGAGGAGAUAUCUAGUCAGCCGGAUUUUUUGAGAGGUCAUGGAACUUAUGUUGAUGAAGAGAAAAUAUUACGUGCAUCAGUCGCUGGGAUUCUAGAAAAGGUGAACAAACUCAUAUCAAUUAGACCUUUAAAGGCACGCUAUAAUGGAGAAAUUGGUGAUCUCAUUGUGGGAAGGAUAACGGAAGUACAGCAGAAGCGUUGGAAGGUCGAUGUAAAUGCUAAACUUGAUGCUGUUUUAUUAUUGUCCAGUGUUAAUUUGCCUGGUGGUGAAUUGAGAAGAAGAUCCGCCGAAGAUGAGCAGACAAUGCGUAGGUAUUUGCAGGAGGGAGACCUAAUUUGCGCGGAAGUGCAAUCCAUUUUUGCUGACGGCUCGCUCUCCCUGCACACGCGAGUAUUGAAAUAUGGCAAACUGUCGCAAGGGAUUAUGUUGAAGGUACCGCCGAUGUUAAUCCAACGCAAGAAGACGCACUAUCAUACUUUAGAAAGCGGCGCUACUUUGAUACUCGGCUACAACGGCUAUAAACAGGUAGUCGUGCGGCAAAUAGCAAGAGACAUGGACGCAUGUUUCAAUGCCUUCGAUAAAGACGGGGACGGAUUCCUGUCAAUCUCUGAAUUCGAUCUCAUAUGUCGCGCGUUGUUUCGAAAUGACCGCGGCAAAAUUUAUGGUCUCGAAGAGGAACAGCUGCGCGAGGUAUUCUCGAUCUUUGAUUUCAAAGGCGAUGGUCUGAUCGACAGAAAAGAAUUCGAGGUUUGCUGGAAUCGAUGGAUCAAAAUAUGCACGCGUCCCAAAAGCGCUUUCCUAAUUGUGGAUGUGCAAAAUGACUUUAUAUCAGGUUCCUUAAAUAUAAAACAUUGCGCUGCGCAACACGAUGGUUCAGAAGUAAUCGACCCAAUUAAUCGAUUGCUGGAAACUGUACCCUUCGACGCGGUGUUCUACUCCUUAGACUGGCAUCCCGUCGAUCAUGUAUCCUUUAUUGAUAAUUUGCACUUGAGGGAAGUGGAUAUCAGCAGCAGUAUUUCAAAGGAAGCGGCGCGAGUGUACGACACUGUAACGUUCCAAGGACCACCGUUGCUGAAGCAACGUCUGUGGCCGCGUCAUUGCGUACAGGAUUCUUGGGGUGCCGAGCUCCACAAGGACUUGAAGAUUAUCGAUAACGCGAUCAAGAUUUACAAGGGCACAAACCCAGAAGUCGAUUCAUACUCGGUCUUUUGGGACAACAAGAAGCUUACUGAAACCACACUAUCGUCACAGCUACAAGAAAAGAGCGCUACUGACAUUUACAUCUGCGGACUAGCCUAUGACGUUUGUGUAGGCGCUACCGCAGUGGAUGCGCUUACCAGCGGUUACCGUACUAUACUGAUUGAUGAUUGCAGUCGCGGCGUGGAUCUCGUCGACAUCGAGAAGACCAAGGCCACCGUAAUAGCUAGUAACGGCGUCAUAGUGAAUUCCAGCCAGGUAAAGGCCAUGGUAGAGGGAAGAGACCGACGGCCAGAACUCGGUUACAAACUCGCAUUGGAAAUCAAACAAAAAUUGAGCCUCGGUGAAUAAUUGUAGCAAAUAGUAUAGUAUAUCUAGAAACAUUUGAUUGGAUUAUAAAUGGAAAUAUUAACAUAAAAUGUCAUAAUCUCACAUUUUUAAGCAGAUCUUAUAAGUAUAGAACAGCUAAAAAUGAAAAAGAAAAGAAAAAAAAUAUAAAAAUGAAUCCUAUAGAAUGGAUAAAUCUUUUUUCGUUGAGCGAUAAGAUAGAUGUUAAAAUAAAUAUUAGAAAGUAAGCGUUGAAUUUGUUAAUAAGUCUGUUAUCUUUUGGAAAGAUCUUUUAGAAUUUAGAAAUUAGGAAAAAUAAAACUCAUAAAGCUUAGAUCUAUAUAAGAUCUGUAAUCAGUGAUAUAAGUAUUUAAGCUUAGUAUGAAUAAAUAAAAUUUAGUCGAUUUUAGAACUUAAUAAAAAAAUGUUUAUUAAAUGUUUAAUAUUUGUUAAAAAUAUGUAUAACAGUAAAUUGAGUAAAGAAGAAAUUAUUCUUGAGAGUGAUGGUUUUAUUGGGAAUAAAAUUUUCAUAAUGAGUUUUUGUAAAAGUAUAUUAUAUUAGGGAACAAUAAUAGAUAAAAUUAAGGUCUUAGAAUAUGUUACAUGUCGAUUUCGCAGAAAUGCAUUUGCAAAAUUAUUAAUAAUUUCAUAUAUGUUAGAACAAAAAAAUAGUAAGAAAUAAAAAGCGUUGAGUUUUAUUACGCAUUUAUAUUAGAAGUAAUAAUAUACGUAUUAUUCUCGAUUUGUGAUGGAUUUUGUCACAGUAUUAGAAAUAAAUUAUUACUGCAGAUA